UUAUGUUCAUACACCGUAAUCACAAUGAUCUGUAGUAAUUAUUUAAUCUAAUGGAACACCGUUUUCGUGUUUUCAUUUUUAGAAAUCCGUGUGAACACGUUCUGGUCAAAACAUUGAAGUGGACUCGCAAAUGCUAUAAAUGUAAACAAUUGAAGUGGCUAUGGUCAAAGGCUAUGGGCCGUAUCAAAUGUAUGAAAGUUUGGCACCGUCGGUAUCGGCCAAUUGAAAGCGAAGUCGACGAACGCGCGGUAGAACCGUGCACGGUCGAAUUCACAGCUUCCGUGAACGCAGAUGGAGAUAGUUCGAUCGUCGUGAUAGCCCAGGUCGUAGGGAAAUUUUUGAAGAACCCCUGACGACGGAUCUACCGCAAAACGUGCCGUGGCCGGACAGCCCUGGAACUGAACGGCCAACCGCAGCUGAAGGCCUCGUUGGAUUCGGCGCUCACGAUCGCUCGCCCGAUCGAAUCGCCCGAAAUGAAAAAUGCUGGUGACGCGUGGAUUGUUACGCCGGACGUGCGGUCGUUGACCGUUCGCGCGACCAUAGCUCCCGAAACGGAAAACGUUGGGCCGGUAGCGGUUGUACCGGUGAAAUGGCCAAGGUUGAAAAACGUUGUGUUUUUCGCAAAAGCCAUUCCGGACGAAGACGUGAUGGUCCGAGUGGACGUUAAAACAGAAAAGGUCGAACAGUCCAUCGUCACCGCAAAACCGGUCGUCGGACGGUUUUCGAACCAGUUCCACUACUAACAGACCUAUCGCAAAGUAAGGAUCACUUGGACGACCGCUGAUACUUUAAAACUGUACAAACGACUGUUGCCGGCGGUAACGGUGGACUGUUGGCCACUUCCAAUCGUUUUUCAAAGAACGAUUCAGCCGACAAUUACAGUCACCACCGUUGCCGCAGCCGCAACGAACAUUUUAAAAGCGCCACUGGCCAUUGAAUGGAAACUACUAGCCAUACUACCAUCGCUCACAAUUACAGCACCAUUGGUCAAAACCGUAGCACUACUGACCAUAACCACCGGAUAUCCGGCCAUAACUGCCCACCACCAGCAAUAACUGCGGCAUAACCACCGGAAAAUCCAAAUCGUAGAUUAUGUAAUCGACCUAAUUGCAAAAACCGUCACUGUCGCAGACGACAAAUUGCGGCU